AUGAAGCAAGCUUCUUCUUCUUCUUCGUCACGUAAUUCAACAAGUUUAACAAAUAGACUUAAAACCAUCUUCAAGAAAGCUGAAGAGCUUUCGAUUCUCUGUGCUAUUGAGGUUUGCGUCAUCUAUUACGGACCAGACGGUGAACUGAGAACAUGGCCUAAGGAGAGAGAGACAGUGAAAGACAUGGCUUUGAGGUAUAAAGAGGCCAGAAAACGCAAGAAGAGCCGCAAUCUUCAUGAGUUCCUCGAGAAGGAGAAGGACAAGGACAAGGGGAAGACGAAUUUGAAGAAGAAUUGGUAUCCAAACUUUGAUCAUUACUCUCCUCAACAACUCUCUCAAUUGAUUCAGUCCUUAGAACGGACUCUUUCUACUCUGCAAGAAAGGCUUCGUAUUGUUGAGGCGCAGAAACUACAGAACACAAACUUGGUGCAUCAGAGUUUAACACCAUCGUAUCUGAACCAGACCCAACACUUGAAUCCUAGCAAGUUCUCGCUGUUUAUGUACAACCAUGGAGAUGCUACUCUCUCACAACUCCCACUGUCUGCUCCACACUCCAAUCAACUCAUCAAUUACCAGAAUCACUUGAUGCAGCAUGGUUUUGGUCAGAACAUGUGUUCGGACAACAUCACCAACAACAACUUUGAACAUCCUGGCGUGUCAAACACACAAGACUACUCACCGUUACUUUCGGUACAAGCAUCUGCAGUGAAUAACUACGGGUUGAAUAAUCACUUGAUGCAGCAACAGGAUCAGCUUCAUGGUUUUGAUCAGAACAUGUGUAUGGUGAGUGAAAUCAUCAACAACAACAACGGUCUACAACAUCCUAAUCUCUCAAACACGGUUCCACAUGAAUUCUCUUCUGAUUUCAACCAGAACCCUUAUGGUAAUGCGGUCGGUAACAUUAGCUUCUCUCAAGACAUGUUUUCAAGCUAUGAUGCGAGCAGUCUGCUACAGACAUCUUCUCUGCCACCUCUCCACAACAUUCCUAGCAGUUAUUGUUUUCCUGGCAACUCAAGACUUCUCUGAUAACAAAAUCUGUCCAAAAGAAUUUGUUUUUUUGAAGCUUCAUUAAGAGUCA